CCAGUGAAGUCAUUGUUAUUUGUUAGCUACAUCAUAAUGACAGCACGUCUCUCUCGUAUUCUAUAGUCACUUUCUAGUUCCUUCCACUUUGAAAACCAUCGUAAGUGUCAACUACAUCUCUCUAAACAUAUACACCGUCCUCUUUGGUCUCAGAAUAUCUGAUAUUGUGAUGAGCCUGAAGAACAGUAAGAGGAGAAUGAGGAAUGGUUUGAUGUGUCCCUCUGAGGCAUCAACAGCAGUUUGGUCUGUGGUCGUGCCUCGGAGUAGGAGUAAGAGACAUGAAAGAAGUGUUUCUCUGGAUGAUACAAGGUUGAUCAAAUGUUCCAGCUACUCCAAACUUGUUCACUCUGCCACUGCCACCUUCAAAGACUCUCACUCUCUCUCUUCACCAAACAUCCAGGAGAGAAGCCAAGAUCAACACAAUGGAUCAACCCAACUUCACAAAACCACAUCGGAUCAUGUCUUCCAGGUGGUGGUGAUGAGGGUCGCUAUUCACUGUGAAGGAUGCGCUGGUAAAGUGAAAAAGCAUCUUUCGAAGAUGGAAGGAGUUACAUCAUUCAGUGUAGACGUAGAGUCGAAGAGGGUGACAGUGAUGGGAUACGUUUCUCCGGUGAGAGUUCUUCAGAGCAUUUCCACGGUCAAGAGGGCUGAGUUCUGGAAUUGUUGAAAACCACUUCAUUAAAUUUCUCUUUGCUUUCAUCGCUGCAACUUUUCAUGUUUGUGCUUAGAUUCAUGUUGGUCUCACGUUAAAAAUAUUAACUGUUCCUGUUUUUUGGACUGGGCCUAGCUUCUUCAUCGUGGCCCAACAAUUUACGAAGAAAUAUAUUUUCUUUGAACGCUACGGUUUUAUCUUUUCA